UGCAUGUAACUUUAUUGCAUUCAAAAUACAAAUAAUAAAACAAAAACAAGAAAAGAGAGAAAUAUGAGUUUCACUGAUAAACAGGAGGCUUUAGUCAAUAGCUCAUAUGAGGCAUUCAAACAAAACCUUUCUGGUUAUAGUGUUUUUUUCUACACUGUCAUAUUAGAGAAAGCACCUGCGGCAAAAGGCUUGUUCUCUUUUCUUAAGGACUCAGCUGGAGUACAAGAUAGUCCUCAACUCCAAGCUCACGCUGAAAAAGUUUUUGGACUGGUGCGUGAUUCAGCUUCUCAACUUCGAGCAACAGGGGGAGUAGUUUUGGGAGAUGCUGCGUUGGGUGCUAUCCACAUUCAGAAGGGAGUUGUUGAUCCUCAUUUUGUGGUGGUUAAAGAGGCUUUGCUCAAGACAAUAAAAGAAGCAGCAGGAGACAAAUGGAGUGAAGAACUUAGCACUGCUUGGGAAGUAGCUUAUGAUGCACUGGCAACUGAAAUUAAAAAAGCAAUGAGUUAAACAUGUGAUGAUCUAUUAUCAUAAAAAGAUUAAUAAAUAAAAUAUGUAUUACUAAAACUUGUUAAACAAGUUCCUAUAAUAAAUUAUGAUAAAAAUAUUUAUGAAAUAUUGUUACUUUGUUAGUGUUUA